CCGAGUGUCUUUUUGUUUAAUCGGCAAAGGCUUUCAAAAUGUUCUAUUGUUCUCCGGCAGGAUAUUAGUUCUUAUUGUUCUUCGGCAAGCUCUCAAAUUAUCAUCAAAGUAUUACUCGGUGCUCUCACCACAGUGCAAUGGCAUAUAAAAAGCUCGAGGCUUCCCCCUUUUUCUCGCUCAUUAGACAGCAACUCAAUCCUCACUACCGACCAGCAACCAACCAUCGCUACUCCACAACCAGUUACAAUAAUGGACGCCUUCACUGCCAUCUUCACCACCUUCACUUCUGCCGCCACUUCCUCUUCUGAAGCUCCUCGCAACCAGGAGGCCCACCCUGGUGGCAUGACCCUUUGUGUCAUCGCCUAGACCCAACGUCCCCUCUGCACGCGCGUCUGGUAUUCGCAUCAUAUCGCAAGACUAGGUCGAAGCAUAUCGUCGGACAGAUGGUAACGAAGCGUAUGGGACUUGUUUAGAUGGUAUUGACAUCAUGUAUAAAUAUAAACUAGUCCA